GGAGUGAAUGGAGGAGGAUAUUACUACAAUUGCAUAAACCGGUGGAGAGGAGCAGCAGCAGCAGCAAAGAGCGCACAGAGACGCGCAAGUUCGAGCGCAGACGCAGAACUCUGAUUGACUCUGAUGGACUAACACAUUCGUCCUCUUACAGAAUUUAUAGGGACGCUCAACAAGUGGGGCUUUUGCUAUUUUAGGGCUGGCACUUUGCACUGCGCUUUAUUUUUUCCGCUCUUUUGCAGCGCUUACUCCGAUCCACCUUGCGGUCAGAUGUUUCUUUUCUCUUUUUUUUUGGAACAGGACGCACUAAACUGAUGCCGCAGUGGUCAGGUAAACAGAAACAGCAGGUCUCGAGCAAAGAGGGAAACCAGAUAUCAGAUGAUUUUAUGAUUUAGACAAAUGUGCCCAUAUUUUACUUCUUCAUAAAACAAACAUUUGCGCUGAUAAUUAUUUCUAACAUACUAAAUCAGACCGGUGUUUCUUUACCUCGUGGGCUUUGUGAAAGGCUUGCACAGAUAGUUAGGUGUAUGCUCUUUUCCCUCUAAGAUGAAAUAAAGAGUCAGAGGCUGCAGAUAUACUGCGGACACGCACGGGAAAGGGGGCAACGCGUCCCCACUAAGUGUCUGCGCAAAGUGCACACGUGUGCGAUUUAGCUUCACUUCGCAAAAACUCUGAAUUUUUGCUGUGAUUCUUUAGCAAUAUUGAACACCUGCUUUUGUUUCAAAUCUACAGCUUCUAAAAACCCUCAAGUUUGAGUGAGAAACUUUAAAUGUCCUCUCGAACUCUUUGGGAUGCACUGAUGUAUGUUUUCAUCUGAUUGCUUUUUUGUUUUUGUUUGUUUUUUAAGUAGGUUCAUUACAGUUAAAAAAAAUAAUCAAAACAAAACAAAAAAGACAGAAAAAACAGCUAUUUUUUGUGUUGCUUGUGAAAAAAUGCGCAGAUUUCUCUAAUCUCAGCCUGUGUGAGAUUCCUUUGUUAAAAAUAGUAAAAAUAAAAAAGGCUGAAAUCUCCUUUUAUACAUCGGCCAAACGCUUAACCCGAGAAAAUGUUGUUGAUCAGACUACUGGCUGUCUUCCUCGUCUUCAUCGCUAACACGUGGCUGCUUCGCUCCAAUGCGCUGAGCCUCUACAAACGUUCCUUGGCCCGGCAGGCAGACCGUGAGCUGUCCAGGCUGGCAGGUGAACCCUGCGCCGUCUCCGGUGUGUGGAGGUCCCGGCGGCAGCCCAGCUCUCACUCCCCGACCCAACAACGCCCUCCAGCGGCCCGCACGAGGACGCACACGAGCCGGAGAGAGCUGUACACUGUUAAGAGCGCUCGUGCGGUCUGUGCAGGAGGCUGCGGGUUGGAAGCCGGGGCGCGAGGGUUCGCUCCUGCGGGGGAGGAGGAGAAGGGAGGCCGGGGAGACGCCGAGAUAGUGGCGGGGAGAGAGGGGGGCGAAUAUUUCGGGUCGCCCGGAAGCUCCACGGACAACCAGAGGGAGCAGAAUGAAGUCGGCGCGAGCGGUGGACAGUCUGUCCUCAAAGACGCCGUGUCUUCCGCGCGCGCUCCUCGCGACCCCCGCUCCAGGUUCACCCGCAGCCUCCACGGGACGUUUCGCUACGAAGAAGAGGGCAACUCCAGCUGGGAGAAAGUCGCCCCGUUCAGCUCCACGGAUUCCAGGGGGCUCCGGGUCCUCCAAAGGCUCCAGCAGGGAGAUGAAGACCAGUCCUCCACAGCAACCCCCGAAAGCGUCACGGAGGACUACUCUGACGAGGUGCAAGAGGGAGACACCUGGGGGAGCCCUGUACCGAGAGUGCCCCCGUCCUGGAUGACAGCCCUGUACUUCAACGGGCGUCGGGAACAACUGAAGGUGAAGCUGCCGGCGGGAGUGGAGCUUCCGAGGGCCACGUUCAGCCUGGAGCUUUGGGUGAAGGCAGAGGGAGGGCAGAGCAAUCCCGCGGUCAUAGCAGGUGUCUUUGACAACUGUUCCCACUCACUAAGUGAGAAGGGUUGGUCAGUAGGCAUUCGCACUGUGGAAACUGCUGGCACCAGAGAUGCACGCUUCUACUUCACACUUCGUACAGACCGAGCUGUGAAAUCCACCACUGUCCACAGCCACCAGCGGUACCGAGCCAAUGUCUGGACUCACCUGAUGGCCGCUUACAAUGGUCAUAACAUGACUUUGUAUGUUGAUGGAGCUAAGGUAGGAGAAAGCAGCCACCAGUCAGGGAAUCUCUACAGCCCCUUCAUGAAGGCCUGCAGAACCCUCUUUCUUGGCAGCAAUCAGUCCGAUCAGGGGCAAAGCUUUAGAGGCCACGUAGGAGGCGUGGUCUUGUGGGGCUAUGCCCGCUCCCAUGCGGACUUGCUCAAACGGCCACUCCAAAUUGACAUGAGUGAGCCGGUGCUGGCGAUGUGGGCUGACUUUACUAAUGUGGAACAGCUAUGGACUCCAUACAAAGACCAUCAUCCAACCAUCAUCACCAGUCCUGUCCCCGAGCCAGAACUCGUCUCCUCCUUCUUGCCACCACCCUGUGGCCUUACACCCUGUGACAAUAUAGAUAUCAUCUCUGGAUACAACGACAACUGGCAGCUCCGAACACCCAAGCGAAUUCGCUACCGGAUUGUCAACCUCUCCAACGAUGAUGGUGGAAACCCCACCGUGACCGAAGCCCAAAUUCAGCUCCAGCACCAGGCUCUGACUCAGGCCUUCCGCCCUUACAACAUUACUCUGGAUCUGAGUGCCUACACAGUGAAAAACUCUAGCCUCCGGGAGAGAUUCAUCCUCAGCAACUGCCGCAUUGCAAAGAUCGGGAACCGCCAGUGUGACCCAGAAUGUGACCAUCCGAGGACGGGUCACGAUGGAGGGGACUGUCUCAGGGUGGGGCCCUGUAACAACUGGAAGAGGCAGGAUGGGGUUUGUAACAUGGAGUGCAACAGUAUACACUACGACUAUGAUGAUGGAGACUGCUGUGACCCAGAUGUUACAGAUGUGCUCAAGACCUGUUUUGAUCCUGACUCUCCUGACAGGGCUUAUAUAAGUGUGAAAGAACUAAAGGAGGAACUACAGCUGAGCGGCACAGACACACUCAAUGUCUUCUUUGCAAGCAACUCAAUGCGUGAAGAGCUGGCAGGAGCUGCGACCUGGCCGUGGGCAAAGGAAGCUCUUACACACCAAGGUGGGAUGGUCCUGAAUCCCUCCUACUUUGGCACCACGGGCCACUCCAACACAAUGAUCCAUGAGAUGGGACACAUAUUUGGACUGUACCAUGUCUUCAAGGGCGUGAGUGAACGGGACUCCUGUGAUGAUCCGUGUCAGGAGACCACCCCAUCCAUGGAGACGGGUGAUCUGUGUGCUGACACUGCCCCAACACCUAAAUCCAAAGCCUGCCAUGACCCCGGAGCCGUCAACGACACAUGUGGCGUCACCACCUACCUGAACACUCCUUACAGCAAUUACAUGAGUUACACAGAUGAUAACUGCACCAACCAUUUCACUCCAAACCAAGUGGCCAGGAUGCACUGCUAUCUAGACUUGGUCUACCAGAAGUGGCUGAUGGACCGUCAACCUGCCCCCAUCCCACUGGCCCCCAUAGUGACUGACCAGAGCGCAGAUUCUGUCUCGAUUUAUUGGCUCCCACCUAUCAGGGGGUCACUUUACCAAAGCUCCUCAUUGCGUGUAUCUGAGAUCAAUUGUGGAGAUUGUGAGAAAGAUGGCAUCUUCCACCAGUAUGCUUAUGAGGCUUCCUCAACUCGCCUGUGUGACACAUCAGGCUACUGGACACCUGACGAAGCAACAGACAACCCAGCGAUAGCCAACAUCGAGCUGAUCUCAGACACAGGGAAAAGUAUUAACCUGGGACCCCAGCAUGUGUUCUGUGACUUACCCCUCACCAUGCGCCUCGACACCCACAACGUUGCCAUCGCUGCCAUAAAACUCUGCACCUUUGAUGAGAAAAUGGAGAUCGACGCAGCCAUGCUGUCUUCAGGCCCUGGCAGCCCUCUGUGCUCCAGCUGCCAGCCUCUACUCUACCACAUUCGCCGUCAGCCACCUUUCACCAGUAAAGCCCCCUUACCACAGACCCAGCAGACAUUCACGGACAGGUUUGUUACACAGGGAGUUAAGUACAAAUACACAAUCCAGGUGGAAGCUGAUGGUCAGCUCAGUGAUGCUUCGCCACCGCUUCUCUACACACAUGGACAGCCUUACUGUGGCGAUGGCCUCAUACAGGGGACGGAAGAAUGUGAUGACAGUAAUCUGUUGGAUGGCGAUGGCUGCUCUAAGAGAUGCGGCAAGGAGAUGGGCUUUAAAUGCAAUGGUGAACCCAGUCAGUGUUAUGUUUUUGACGGUGACGGUGUGUGUGAGGAAUUUGAGAGGAGUUCCAGUGUUCAGGACUGUGGUUACUUUACACCUUUGGGUUACACUGACCAGUGGGCAACCACUGCCACAGCGUCUCACCAGGACCGGACCCGUUGCCCGGCCCAUGCUGCCACUGGGGAACCAUCACUUACAAAGCUCUGCACGUACCAUCACCUGCAGGUGAGUGAGAAUUUGCCCCCUGAUGCCUGGUUCCCGUGCACAGCCCAGUCGGACAUAAACAACGACCUGGAACAUUCACUUUGGCUAAAGGCAAGUGUGUUUAUCUGUCUGAGGCAGCCAUGUCAGGUUGACAGCUGUAGUUCUCCUCAUAUCGAGCACGCCUCUGUCAGGUGUACAGGAGGAGGCGAGGCCUACCGCUGCACUGUUCAGUGCCACAGAGGUUUCAGUAUUACAGUUCUCAAUGGCAGAUGGAUCCCACCCCACCAGAGAAAGGCAGAACUGGAGUGUUUCCAUGGUUCGUGGGAUCGUGCCGUUAGCUGUCAGCCCGUAGACUGUGGCUUUCCUGAUCAGUCUCAUGUCUACCACGCCAUAUUCAGUUGUCCUUGGGGAACCACGUUUGGCAAACAGUGCUCCUUCACCUGUGGAUCACCAGCCAUUUUACAAGGUGACAGUGACAGAUUGGUGUGUUUGGAGGACGGGCUGUGGUCUUUCCCGGAGGCCUACUGCAAGAUAGAAUGUCCAGAGGUGCCAAGCAUGUCCAAUGCCAAGCUGCUAACAGCAGACUGUCUAGCUUCAGGGCACGAUGUUGGCUCUGUCUGUCGUUACAAAUGCAAACCAGGCUUCUAUGUGUUAGGGAGCCUCAAAAAGAAGAUACGACGGAAGCACUUCAAGUUAGAGUGUCUGGAAGGAGGGCAGUGGGAGGAAACUGGCUGCGAGCCGAUAGCGUGCCCGGCCCCACCUGAUAUAUUCCAGGGCAUGUACACCUGCACCAAUGGCCUGUACUAUGACACCGUUUGCACCCUUCAGUGCUCGGACACAACGAAAAAUAUUGAAAUUCGCUGCACUAAGGAUGGAGAAUGGACAGCAGAAUUUGUCAUGUGUCCCAAUCUCCAGGGAUCUUGUUCUGCUCCUCCAGAUCUCAACUCUGUGGAGUACAGCUGUGACCAUGGGAUGGAUGUUGGUGCUGAAUGCUACCCAACAUGCAUUAUGGCUGUAGACUUGGACCUACAUGACCCGGUGGUUCUGCCCAAUGGUACUACAGUCAAGUCUUUGAAACACUGGAUGGUUCCCAAAAAGGUUCAGAGCAUAGUCUGCACAGGAAUGAUGAAGUGGUAUCCUGACCCUCAACACAUCCAUUGCAUCCAGUCCUGUGAGCCUUUUGGAGGGGACGGCUGGUGUGACACCAUAAACAACAGGGCAUACUGCCAGUAUGAUGGAGGAGACUGCUGCCCAUCUACACUCUCCACCAGGAAGGUCAUUCAAUUUGGAGCUGACUGCAAUCAGGAUGAAUGCACUUGCCGGGAUCCGGAUGCAGAAGAGAACAAGAGCAAAGCCAAGCACUUGGAGGGAGGAGGGACGCAAUAAGAUGGAGGGACGAUAUAAGUUGAACUUUAGUUAAAUGGAGUCAAACCACAGAAUAUACACCACAACAAACACAGAAUAUCCCAUUUUUAAGGUUUUAUAACGCAGCGAUUGUGAUUGAAGUCGGACUUUGUACAAUAAAAGGACAUUUUACUGCUAAAGCUGCAUUAAAUAUGAGUCAUGGUGGUUUGAAACUCGAAUUCCUGUGUCCAGUCCAGCAAAACAACAUCCACACAUGAAUAUGUUUUCUCUCCCUGUUAAGAAGUUAAAGGUUAUCUUCACUAUUGGCUUUGUGACGAUAAUUCUGUUUUCAACAUCAGAGCCUGGCUGAACAGUUUAUCGUCUCCACUAAAAUUCAAACCAUGAUAAUUGGAUCAAAUCACUUUUGUAAAUGGACUCGAGUACUGUUCUGGACAUGAUUAGUCUCGGGAAAGGGAACAACUAAAACAACUGGAUGUGCCUGAAACUGUCCAGUACAGGCAGUCCUCACAGGAAGAGCUACUGAGGGAAAAACACGAUUACAGCGACUGUAUUUAAAAAAUGCCGAGGCAAAAUCUCCCGUUUCCUCAUGGAAUCCGCCCAAAUGCUGUCAUUGUACCUGAACGGGCUUCGGAUCCUUGUAGUCGUUAGGAACUUAAGUAGAUACAUGUAUGUAAAGACUAACAUAUAUAGACUAAUAUAUUUGGAUCACCUAACACAUGUAUUAGAUCACCUAUUAGCCGCACAGGUCAGUAAUAUUUCUACUACAAACGUGUAUCAGUAGGUUACAAUUUGUGCAUAGGGCUUCCCAAAAAAAGAAGAAUGUUUACUUAUAUAAAUACAACAUCAGCAGCAUCAAAUAUUACUGGCUCAAGGGCUCACUGAAACAUGUAUGUUGAAAAGAAAAAAGAGGGAGACUUCUUUGGGAAACCUGGUCACAUCAUCCACUCAGCACAGACAUCUGCUUGCAUGUGUUUACGUCAGACAGCGUUUGGUGUCCAUUAUCUAGAAAUAGUAAACUAGCCCAGUACUAUAUUGGAUCUAUAGUAAGUAUAAUCAUGUUUGUUUGUAUUUUACAAAACUGUACUUUAUAUUCUAUGAAAUAAAUAGCAACUUUAUAUC